UGAGAUCGUAGCCAGUCGGUUUCAGAACGUUACACCGCGAACAAGUGACGAAGCUGGACGAGGAAGCUUCGCUUAGUGAUUUUUUGAGAAACUAUAAAGGAAAAAAACCAGCAAAAUGGGUACAAUAUUUAUUGCUUUGCUGUUUUUGACAACUUUCUCUGCAUUUUCCUCCGCGGCAAAUCAGCGCGCGGUUGAAGAGGUUCUGAAAUGGCAAAAAGUUCAAUUCGAUUUGCCAGCGGACGUGCUGAAUGCUCCAGAUGGCUACAUCCCAAUCAACAAUAUUCCGAUGAGUGGCGUGCACUACAAAAAUCGCGUGUUUGUCACGGUUCCUCGCCGACGCUGGGGAAUCCCUUCGACGCUCAAUGUCGUUGAUAUUGCGCCCCCCUUUCCGAACACGAACCCCGUGCUAAGGCCGUACCCGAACUUUGAACUUAAUAAACUGCGAGAAGAUCUGCAGCCGGACGCGAACCGUAUUGUGACAGUUUACCGUCCACGGGUCGAUCGUUGCGAUCGGUUGUGGUUCAUUGACACAGGAAUGAUGGAAAUACCAGGAAACUUCACCAUCGUCCAACGUCCAUCGAUAUGGGCUGUCGACCUGAAAAUAGACCAGCCAAUCCAUCGCUACGAGAUUCCAGCAAAAGAUGUGGACAGUGGCUAUGGACUUACCUCGAUCACUCUGGAUGUCGAUCCAGACGAUUGCGAAAAAGUAUUCGUCUACAUUUCCGACUUGCAGACCUACCGCAUGUUGGUGUAUGAUUACCAAAACCAAAAAUCCUGGCGCUUCUUACAUAACUAUUUCUUCUUGAAUCCACUGGAGGGUGACUUCCGCAUCCAGGGUAUCCCGUUCGCAUGGGACGAUGGUAUUUUCUCGAUCGCAUUGAGCAACCCCGACCCGAUAACCAAAUUCCGGACAGCCUUUUUCCACGCACUAUCUAGUAACUCCGAGUUCACCGUGUCCACUGCUGUUCUACGCAAUGAAACAGCCUCACGACGAAGCUAUCACGGAGAUGACUUUAAAUUGCUAGGAUACCGUGGCGCUCAGUCCCAGUCUAGUAUUCAUGCGUUCGAUCGCGAAACCGGCGUAAUUUUCUUCGCGUUGAUCCAACAGAAUGCCAUCAGCUGCUGGGAUACAAAAAAACCCUUCGCAUCACAGAACAUGGCCAUAGUUUACAAAAAUGACAAGAAUAUUGUUUACCCGAAUGACCUUGCGAUUGACAACAAUGGCUACGUCUGGUUCAUGUCCAACUCAAUCAUCAAGCUGUUGUACACCCAACUGAAUUUGGAUGAAUUCAACUUCUUCAUUUGGCGUGCCAAUAUUAAGGAAGCAAUUAAGGGCACCGUAUGCGAUCCAACCGUACGGCCGAAUGUUGAUGCCGUGCAGCGUUUCGGCGAAAGUACCGGCGGAGAUCGCGUCACAUUCCUUGAGUACAAGGAACAAUAUGGCCCAAGUGGUGGUCCCUGCGGCGGAUGGGGGCACGGCGGCAACAAAAAACCCGGUCGAGCAUAGUUGAUGUCACUACGAACAGAUUUUCUUCUAAUUAAUAAUACAAAGAAAUAAAACAGACAAUAUUACGAUAUUAA